CUGAUUCAAUGCCUUAUUUGAUCACACUCUAAGUAACAUAAGCCUAUAUAGGUAAGGAUCAUUUGACGUUUUGGAAAUUGGAAGAUACUCCCAAAACCGGAAAUGGAUCCAAAGAAGACGAAAAAGUAUUACCCAAACGCUUGUUUAUGGAUCAAGGAUCAUUUGUGUCUGUGGAUUUUACCACGAUUGAAUCCAUUAUUGUCUAUGGUGCCUCCGGUAAAAUCGUGUCCUCCACUCAUUGGGGCAAUUUGCUCUUAUGGAAGGAUAGAUAUGUCCAAGUGGAAAUCUCAAGGAAGGAUGGAAGCAAAUGCCACGAAGGAUCCAUUAACCACUUAGUCGUUGGUGAGGGCGAAUUGGUCUCGAUUGGUUCCGAUGGAAUGAUUCGCGUGUGGGAUUUGGGUUCUAUUUAUGACUCUGACUUGGAACUAGAUGUUGGUGACUCUUUCCAAAAUCUUUGACAAUUUCACAUUGAUCCAAUGUAUGAGAUUGAGGUGGAAUCCGGAGCCAAUUUGCAAUCCAUAGUCAAAGGAAAAUUUCCCAACGAGGAUCAAAAUUAUUGGUUUGUCCAGGUAUUCAAGUUAGUUUGUAAUACCUUCAAUAUUCAUCAUCAACACUGAUAAACCUUUUGAUCACGGUUUUGGGGUGGAUGUUCCAUUCAUGUUUAGUCCAUAUUGAUGAGUCUGCCAUUGACAUGAAAAGG